AUGAAGAUAUUUUUCAUUUUAAAUUUGUUUUCUUUGUUUGAGAUUUUAUCUCCCUAGUUUCUAACUGGAAUGAGUUAGGAAUAUUAAAAAGAAGAGAUGGAUAUAGAUCUAUAAAAAUUAUUAAUAGACGAUAAAGGAAUAUUCCUUGGGCUCUGGUCUAGAUAUAGUCCCUUAGGUAUAACAAAAUAAAUAGGAAUUGUUGGAUUAAUGGACAGCAAUUGCUUUCAUUAUUAGAGUAUAAUUGGAAAAUCAUCGAGGAGUUUGGAAUUAAUUUAUUAUGAUUGCCUUAAUAUUGAAAGUUAAACAGUAUCAAAAUUUGUAAUUUUUAACACUAUAGAGGGUCACUAACAUAUAUAUCAAAUUGAUAUCGACCCAUUUGAGUACGAAGGUGUCUGGUAUUUAUUUGAAUUAUUAUAUUAUCCUUAAAAAAGUUUAUCAGAAUUCUUAAUUGUAAAAGAGAAUGAAAUUUUAAUUAAGAAAAAAGUAGAAACUAUUCUUUUUUAAGAAAAUUCAUUAAAACUAACUAUUGGAAAUAGUUUAGUAGUACAAAAUUCAAAUCUUAAAUCACUAGAAGUAGGGUCAAAAUUUUCCUAUUUUCCAGGGAAAAUGUAUAUGAUUAAUUAUAUCCCUAAAAAGUUAUCUGGCAAUAAAUUAGAGAUAGAAUCUUAUGUAAUGUUUUUUGAAGAAGUCUCAAAAAUUUUUAGCGAAGAUUUCAUAACUACUAAAAUAUCUGAUUAAGAUUUAUUUUGGUUGGAUGUUUAAUCUAUUAUUCCAGAAAAUUCUAAUGCUGAUUCAUUUAUAUUGGCAGGGUGGUUUAGAAUUAUAAAAAUAAAUCAAGUUGAUGAUGAGUUUACAUAUCAAUUUCUUAAAAUGUGUAAAAAUACUAAAUAAGAACAAUUAUAAAAUCCUAACUUAUCUCCAUUUUAAUUGUUCUAUAAGAUAUCCCCAAACAAUAAUAAAAUUAUCAUUACUACUUAUAGUUACAAUUACCCAUCUGUUUCUUUAGAUUUUACUAAUAAAGAUAACAAUUUUAUUCUUACUAAAGAAUUUGAAUUAAAUCACAAAAUUACUCUUUGGCAUCAUUUAAUUGUUAAUCUAAUUUAAGAUUAGAUAUCAAUUUAAAUUAACUUUUUUGAUUCUAAAGAUGUAUUUUAAUAUUCUUCUACCCAUAUAGUCAGAUAAUUCAGCUUUGUAUAAUUUUUAAUACAAUAUGGAAAUUUAAUGAAAUCAUAUAAGAAUUAUUUAGAUAUUUAAACAAGAAAUAAUUAUUUUAAUAAUUUCUAAUAAUCAAUAAAAGAGCCUAAUUGCCAGUUUACGUGCUAAGAUUGUGAUGGUCCUACAAAUACAGAUUGUUUAUCAUGUUCUGAAUCUUCAAAUAGAAUUUACGUAUCAGAGCAUAAAGCCUGUAUUUGCCCUUAUAAUUAUUUAGAUGAUCAAAUAAAUUAGAAUUGUCUAUCAUAUAAUAAUUUAUCAUUGACUCUAAAAGAUUAAUACAAUGAAGAUUAAUGUAAAUUUGGUUAUUUUGAGUAUGACGAUUCAUGCUAUUUAUGGUAAAUUAUUUUUUAAUAUUAAGCCCUACAAUUAUUUCAGAUAAAUUUACAACUUGCUUAGAAUGUGUAUCGAAUGUAAAAGGAUGGAAAGAUAAUGCAUAUUGUCAAACUAUGAUCUAUUUAAAUCCUAAUGGAAAUACAGUAAGGAAAAUAGUUAGCUUUGAUGCAGAAUAUUUUUUAUUUGAUGGUUAAGGACCAAUUAAGUGUAAUUCAUGCUUAAAAUAACAGUUUUCUAAAAUUGACUCUAUCUACUAACUUUUCUAUUAAGUGGAAUAAAGAUUUAAAACUUUUUGUCAAUAUUAGAGUUACAUUUAUUAUGAAAGUUUUAAAAUAAAUUAUUGUUAUGAAUGUUAGAUUGAUUAUUGUCAAUUAUGUUAAAUAGAAAUUACAGGAAUAAAAUGUAUUAGAUGUUUAGGAACCUAUUAAUUAAUAAAUGGAAUAUGUACACCAGAACUUUCAGGUCCAUCUUACCUAACAAGUUGCAGAACUCCAUAUUAUCAAAGCUCGAUUAAAAAAUGUAAAUUAUGUCCUAUUAAAUAUUGUAUAUAUUGUUUUGAAUAUCAAUAAGAUGAUUUAGAAAAAUGUACUUUAUAUGCUGACUUUGAUAUAUUUGAAUUAGAUGAUUAAACAAGGAUUGGAUGUGCGCUUUGUGAAGAAAAUUUCACUUACGAUUUUACUAUUGGAGAAUGUAUUUUUAAACAACCUUCCUAACCUAAUUGUUUACGUUCUUUUAUUAAUUCUUACAAUUAAGAAAUAUGCACUUUAUCAUCAACUGAUUUCAAUAUAGCAUUAGAAAUAGUUAAUUGUGGUAAACUAAUUGAAAAUUGUUUAUAAUGUAUUCUCACUCCUUGGUAUGAGCUUAAAUGUAUUAUUUGUAAAAUAGGCUUUACAACUUCUGUUAGAAGGGGAAAUUGCUAUGCAUAUUCUUCAGAAAAUGCAAUAAUUGUGAUUGAUGGAGAUAAUUAUGAAUACGAUUCUUGGAUUUAGAGGGUCUAAAGCUUUUUAAUGAAAUUUUUGCCAAACCAAUAUUUUUAUUAAAGAAAAUAUAUUAGCUAUGAUAAUCAAGGAAACAAUAUCAUAAAUCAAAUCUAUUAUUCAAUUGAAUGUUAAGAAGGAUACUCCUAAAAUUACCUCUUUAAAUGUAGGGCUUAUUGCUCUUAAGAAUGCUUAAAUUGUAAAGAGGAUUAGAGAGAAUAUGAAUUUUAUUGUACAUAAUGCCCAUUAAAUUAUUAUUAUUAACCUAUUCGUAGUUUAGCAAAUAGGUAGUGUAUUAGAUGUCCUGAACUAUGCGAAGUUUGUGAAGAAAGAUCUGAAGCUGAAAUCUAAGUAACUUUGUUUAUUUUAUUUUAGAAACUCAAUCCAUACUUCCAGAUAACAGCAGAAAAUAGAAUGUAUUCUUAUAAAUGCAUUAAGGCAAUUUCAAACAAGAAUGUUUAAAUAGAUUCUUAUCUUUAAAUUGCUAAAUUUUGCUUUACUCCUUAAUGCGAUUUAGAAUUCAUUUAUAAUUAUACAAUUUUAAUACCUGAACAUAGAAAAUAAUAUAUUCUUUAUUGCAAUUAAAUAGGAUUAAAAGUCUUGAAAAUUUAAUAUAAUUUGUAUAACCCCUAUUAACAAGUUUUUCAUUAAAAUAGUUUAAAAGAAUAAAUUUUUGGUUUAUAAUUAAUGAAAUUUGAAUAAAAUCUCUUUUACAAUGGAGUUGCUUUUAGAGAAAUCAUUGGAUUUGAUUUUAUAGAAAUCAAUGAUGCCUAUUUGUUUGAAAAUACAAAAUAAUAUAUAUUUUCAAAUGAUGGAAAAAAAGUUGAUCUCAUCUUAAAUAACAUAGUUGUUGAAAAAAAGUAAAUUAACAACAUACCCUCUCUAUUUAAUUUAGAAUUAUUUGGAGAUAUAACUUUUAAUAACAUAACUUUGAUUGAUAAUAAUUUUAGUAGCUUAUCAUUAUUUAACUUUAAUUAAAAAUUGUAAUAAGGUACGAUAAAAAUAUCCAAAGUGAUUUUUUAAAAUUGUCACAUUUUAAAUUCAUAACUUUUUUCCUUUUUUAAUAAUCAAGUUUAAAUUUAAAUUGAGUAAUUAAUUAUAAAUUAGUCCUUUUUUUCAAACUCAUCGUUUAUAACUUUUGCUAAGAAUAAUAAUAGCGUGAGUAAGUUGGAAGUUAAGGGAAUAACAAUAACAUCAAGUCACUUUCAUAGAUCAUAUAUUUUUUAUUGUUCUAAUUUAGAAGAUAUUAUUAUAAAUAAUGUCAUAUUUGAUAAUAAUACAAUAAUUCUUUCAACAAUUUUUGCAUUUAACAAGAAUUUUACCUUGUUUAAUGCCUAAGUUAUUAGUAAUCAUUUUUUUGAAUCUUAAUUUAUUGCAACUUUGGAAACAGAAAACAAGACUAAGAUAUUUUGUUUUGUCGACAAUUAAUUAGUUAGCCAAAAUGAUUUUACAAUCUCUAAUCUAUUUUUGAUAUCAAAUUAGAAUAUGUAUUAUAACUUAAGAACAGUUAGAAUUUAAUUCAACUAAGGAUACUCUAAUUAAUAUAAAGAAAAUAUUCUAUUUAACAUUCAUUGUUAUAAACUAGAAAUUGAGAAUAUUUACAUAGUUGAUUCAAAUAAGAUUGGGAUAUUUUAUUUUUUUGAAGUUUUUGAAAUAUUUGCAUCAAAUAUAGUUUAUGAAAAUCUAAAAAUUAAUAAUAAAGUGCCUUCAGAUAUAAAUUGUAUGGAUUUCCACAAUUUUAAUUAUCAAUUACUCUUAAUUUCUGGAUAUUCAAUUGUUAAACUUAAAAAUAUUAAGGCUAUUAAAUUAUUUAGUAUUGAUACAUAAUUAAUAGAAAUAUCAUCAAUGAAAGAAAAAUGGAUUAAUCAAAUUUCAAUUAUAGAACUGAUAAAUUUAGAAUUUAUUGGAAAUUUAUUAUUGCAUUCGUCUUAAGGCAGCUAUUUUUCUUUAAUGGCUAUAAAUUCUGAGUAUGAUGCUAAUAUUUAAUUCUAAAAUAUUUUAUUGGAAAAAAAUUUUAUUCAUUAGUAAACAGAUGAUCCUCAAGAUUCAAGAGCAGUAUUGAUUCAUGUAGACGAAUAAUGGGGACAUAAAAAUUAACAAUUUCUAAUGUUCAUAUAAUGCCCUGACCAAUUCUUCAAAUUCAUUCAUAUUGUUAAAAUCUAAGAUCAUCACAUUAACAAAUUAUACUGUUUCACAUCAAAACGUAAUACCGUAUGAAUUAUGGAAUUUAUAUUAUGAUGUAUAAUUAGAAAAUAAUCAACUAGGAGAUGAAUAACAAUAAACAAAUUUAAUCAUAUUAUAACGUUUUAAGAUGUUAAAUAAGUGUGGAGCUGGUUUAAUAACUUCAUCUAUUUUUUCUUGCUUUAAUUGUUAUUUUUAGGAUGUUAUUGGAUUGAAAAGUUCUAUAUUUGAGAUAAAAACCUAAGGUGAGGGAAUUAUCUACUUCAAAAAUUUAACGAUAAACUCUUCAGAAUAUGAUAUAAGUGAAAUAAUAGAUAGCACAGGUUGUAUUGCAAUAUAUUCAUCUAAUAGUUUGCUCGAUUUAAAAAUCAUUAAUGCAGUAUUUACUAAUAUAUUUAAUCGUAUGACAGCUUCAAUUCUUACAAUAAGUUCCUCUUUUAAGAAAAAUUAAAUUUUAAUUUAAGAUGCACUUAUAAAAAAUUGUAUUUCAUUGAUGAAUCCCAUACUACAGAUAUUAUUUUCAACAUAAAAUAUUGGAGGAAACAAAGUUGUUAUAAAAAAUGUAACUAUAAACUUUUAAGAAAGUGCUUGGAUCCAAUACUUUUCAAAGACCGGAAUGUUAAAUAACAACGAAAUUUUAGAUGUAACUACUUCUUCUAAUGCUUUAAUUCAAUUAUAAAAUUGUAUUGUGGUUAUGUCUAAGAUUCUUUUUUAGGGUCUUUUUAGUUGUCCUUUAAUUAAAUUAAAAAAUAUUUAAUAUUUAUUAAUCUCAUAAUUAUGGGCUAUAGAAAUUAAAGUGCUUUAUAAUAUGAAUCUUUUAGAAUUAAGCCAGGAUUUAUCAAUUAAAUCAACGAUCAAUAUUAAAUAUGCAAAUUUCUAAAGUAUCUAAAUUUAUGAAGUUAUUAAUAAUCCUAUUUAUUAAAGUUCCAAAAGAAAUUAUAUGAGUUCAGGAUGUCUUUUUAUUGAAAAAUAAUAAUAACAAGUAACUUAUUCUUUUGGCAAAAUUAUUCAACUUUUUUAAUAAUUCUAGAAGGCAAGUGCUAUAAUCUUAUUGUAAUCAAACUCAAAUAACACAGCUUUUUAUAUUUAAAAUGUAAUUCUAAAUUCUAUUAAUUGUUCUUACUGUAAGAAUGGAUUGAUUUUUUUCAAUAUUGAAAACUAUAAAAUACUAAAUAUUAGAGAUCUAAUUUCUCAUUCUAACCAUAUAAAAGAAAAAGGAUGUAUAAAUAUAGCUUCAAUUGAUUAGAUCAAUCAUAGUAGUUUAAUAAAAAAUUCUAAUUUUUUUAAUAAUUAUGGUGGUUCUGGAAUAGCUAUACAUUUAUCCAAGAUCCCAAUUACGAUUAUUUAGUGUAUUAUAAUUAAUAAUAUCGCCAGCAAUUAAGGUGGUGCCUUAUUUUUGGAUAUGGAUAUGUAAUAUUUGAUUAUUAAGAAAUCAUCAAUUAUCAAUAACUAUGCAUCUGAAGGAGGUGGUAUAUACUUAUUCUAGAAGGGAAAUAUAAAUUUAUAAAACAUGAUUCAAACCUUCAUUUAAUUUAACAAAGCAGACUUAUUCUCAGAUAAUUUAUUUGAAUUCCCAACCCAUUUAAGUCUAUUUAUUAAUUAAAAAGAAAUGCAAGCAUAAGAACUUUAAAUUAAUAUCGGUAAAAUAAGGGUACUAAAGCUUAAACCUUAUAAAACAAUAGAGUAAGGUGUUAUUAAAUUUAGUCAAGAUUUAAUGAUACCAAGUUAACAAAUAAUCAAAAAGUAUAAAAGUUAUGUACCAUAAUUAUAAACUGUUUAGAUUUUAUACAAUGAUCCUUAAUUAAUGUUAAAAAAUAGCAGAAAUGAAUUAUAAAAAAAUUCACAUCAAUUUAGUUGCUAAGUUUCAUAAGCAACGACCAGAAUGAAUUAAGCUAACUUAUAUGAAAAGAAUACUUUGAUUGAUAUUCUUUAAACUGAUGGAUUCAAUCACUUUGACUUAGGAUCCCUUUAAUUUCAUUAUGAUCCAUAUCAAGAUGAAAAUCAUAAAUUAGAAAUAUUAGUAAAUUGCACAUCAAAUAUUUCAGAAAGGCAACUACUUUAUUAAAUCAAUGCAAGAACUUAUAAAUGUUAAUUAGGAGAAUUCUAUAUAGAUGAAGGCUGUUAAAUUUGUGAAUCAACUUUUGGAUUUUAUUCAGUAACUUAUGAUGUUACUAAGUGUUCGAUAUUUGAUAAAACGAAAUUUGCAAAAAUAACUUCAAAUGCAAUUAAUUUAUUAGAAGGUUAUUGGAGGCCAAAUAUAUACUCUGAUUAUAUUGAUUAUUGUUUCAAGAACAUUUUAUUUUGUAAGGGAGGUUGGGGAGUAGGAGACGAACUUUGCUCUUUGGGGCAUCUUGGAGGGCUGUGUGAGGAAUGCGAUUUACAUAAUAAAAAAGGGGAAGGAAAUUUUUUUAAAAAUUAAUAGGAUUCCACAUGUAAAAAUUGUUCUCUGAAUUCUAUCACUCCGUUAAUUUUGUCUUUUAUUUGGUAUUAAUAUAAACUAUUAAAGGGCUCUGGUGUCAAUAGUGAUCACAUUAAGAAGCAUUGAAAAAUCUAAUUUAUUAUUUUCUAAACUUUAAUUUAAAUUAAGAUUUCGAAAAAUCUUAUUUAAGUUGGAAAAAGGUAUCAUAAUUGUAUUUCUAUAAAUUAGACAUGGAAGGCAUUUUCAUUAAGAUGUUGUUCAUCUAUUUAUGGAUUUUCUCAGUCAUAUUUACUUUUAAUAUCAGAUUUUCGAUUUCAUUUUAAUUUAUUGAUUAAGCUAGUAAUACUUCUUUAUUCAUGGCCUCCAGUCUUGAUUGCUAUAUAUCAGAAGUUAACUAAAUUGAAAUUAUUUAUGGAAGAAUAUUUGUUACUAUUUUCUUGAUACUUAUUUAAUUUGCUAUAAUUUUGAUAGGAUAUCAAAUAUAUAUACUCAUCUAUAAAGGAAGAUUUCAAAACUAUAUUGUUUCAAAUACAUUAUUAUAUUUAUACGUAUCAAAUUUUUCUGGAUUAAUUAAAUCGUAUAAAAUUAUUUAUAAUUAGAUUUUGUUCAAUAGUCUCCAAAAGAAUAAUAUCAAAUAUAGAAUAUAUCUAGGGAGAUUUAACUUUAAUUUAUGGUUCCUUAAAUCAUAUCUAAUGGAUUUAUAAAUUUGCUCUUCCUGGAUUAGCUGUAUUGGGAUUUUGUAUUCCAUUUUCUUUAUUUUGGUUUAUGUUUUUAACCAAAAAGAGAUUUAAUAAGAUUUAAUUUAGAAGACAUAUAUGUUAUUUGUUUGAUGAAUACAAUGAAUAAAACUACUUUUGGGAACAAAUCAAAUUUUCAAAAAAAAUUAUAAUAAUCCUCGUUAUGACAUAUUUUGAAUCCAAUAUACUCUUAAAAGCAACUUUGCUAGGAUUAUUUUUAUUAAUAUACUAGAUAAUUGCAGGAAGUUAAUAACCUUAUAAUUUAAAAAAGCUUAAUAAUUUGGAUAUUUAAGCAGUGCAAAUAUGCUCUGUUGCUAUUUUUGUAGCUAUUGCUAAAUAUGUGAAUGAUUAGUAAAUUGAAAAUGCUUACUCUCAAAUAAUGUAAAUAAUUAUUAUGCUUCUUUGUGUUAAACUAUGUUAUCAGUUUAUUUUAGAUAUCUUUAGAGCUUUCAUUAAGAAAUAUAGAGUAUACUUCGUAACUAUUCUCUAUCAUUUUAUCAAAUCAAUAAAACCAAAUUCAAAAAAUUCAGUUUACCUUGAUAACUUACUUAUAAAGUUGAAUAUGAAAGAAAAAAGAGUUUAAUCAAAUUUUUAAACUUUAAAAAAACAAAUAUUAAAAAUAUUAAAAGCAUAAAGAAAGAUUUAAAAGUAAAAUUUCAACUUAUAAAAAUAGCUCAUUUUUUUCUGUUUCUUCAAAUAACAAUUUUGCAUCAUUAAUAAGAUAUAAGCAAUUACACCCAAAUAAGAAUAAAAUCUUAUUAACUUUAAAAUCAUGA